ACAAUUUAUAUUCAUUGAAUUGAAUUCCAUGUGGAAACGAUUUUAAGGACACUCUUUUUUUUUUUCUUCAUCUGUCUUUCUCGAGUUUCUUCUACUCCAUACCCAUCGCCUUCCUCUCCUCUCUCUAUCUCUCUCUCUCUCAUCUCUGCCAUUUAAGAUUCGCUUCAUUUCUCAUGGUUUUCGAGGCCACAACUGAUACUCGCUCUCUCUAGCUAAAAGGCUUUCUUGCUCUUCUUCUCUUCUGUUCGCAUUUCUAAGUUGAAUUCUGUUGACCUUCUGAACAAUUUCUUUUACUUCAAUUCUGAGUUUCAAUCAGCUUAUCAAAUGGCUUCUUCUAUGGUUCCGUCAAACAAGAAUUUUAAGAGGUUGCAGUCAAAGAAAUCACAUUCCUGGUGGUGGGAUAGUCACAUCAGUCCUAAAAAUUCCAAGUGGCUUGCAGAGAAUCUUGAUGAAAUGGACCGAAGCGUGAGGCGGAUGUUAAAGCUUAUUGAAGAGGACGGAGAUUCUUUUGCAAAAAAGGCUGAAAUGUAUUAUCAGAAGAGGCCAGAAUUGAUUUCUCUUGUUGAAGAGUUCUACCGCAUGUACCGGUCUCUUGCCGAACGUUAUGAUCACGUGACAGGAGAACUGAGGAAGAAUAUUCCAUCGGACCUCGUAUCUCAGGGCUCAGGAACUUCUGAUAGACAGCUCCUUUCCCAGGGAUCAGGCCAUUCAGACAAUGGUUCUGAACCGACAACCUCCGCAUUGCCCUCUCCUGUGCCUGAAGGUAGGCUACCUCCUCGUAAAUCCAGUCACAGAGCUGCUGGUUUUGAUUUUUUCCUUGGUGCCGGUGGAAGUAGCUCUGAUCUUCAGAAAGAAGGAGAUGAAUCAUCUACACUAACAGAUUCCGAUUCAGAAUCUGAUGACUCCUCUAUAAACAAUUACUCAGGUCUAUUAGGAACUGGUGGUGAUAAUGGAAUGAGCAGGAAGAUAAUGGAAUUAGAGAUUGAACUACGAGAAAUGAAAGAGAAACUCCAGGCGCAGCAGGAGGAUAACGGAGAUAACUCAUAUAAGGGGAUAAGGAAUGAGAAUUCUGAGAAUCUUCUUUCCAGGAUUGCCACAUAUGAGCAAGAGCUGAAGAUUGCUAAUCAGAGGAUACGGCUUUCCGAAGAAGAGGUGGCUAGAUUGAACAUUGACCUCCAAAAAUAUAAAGCACAGGAAUCAGCCAAUGCGUUACAGCCAGAGUCCGCGUCCCCGAAAGUAGAAAAUCUUGAGACUCAGGAGGUGGAGCUGGAAUCUGAGAUGACUGGGGUAUCAGAAUUUCAAGAAAAUAUUGAUGGACUUGAAGCUGAAACUGAGGAAUCCAAUAACAAGAUUAAGGCACUGGCAACUGAACUCAGAAUAACAAAAGGGAAGUUACAAGAAGCAGAGAAAGGAAUUGCUAGGCUAAAGCUCGAGAGUGAUAGAUCAUCCGAAAAGGUCAACAUUUUGCAGGAUCAGCUUGCAUCGACUCAUAAAGACAUUAAUACAUGGAAAACAAAGUUCAAUACAGAAAAAAAAGAGGUCUUGAAGCUGCAGGAACGAAUUGCAAGGUUGAAAAGUAGUUUAUCAGACAGAGAUCAUGAGAUCCAUGACUUGAAACUAGCAGUUUCUGAUGCUGAGCAGAAGAUUUUCCCUGAAAAAGCACACAUAAAGGCUGAAAUAUCAAGGUUGUUGGAUGAACGGUCCAUCUUGGAUGAGCAGCUAAGAGAAUGGGAAUCGCGCAACCGUUCUUUAGAGGACGAUAUUAGAAUGUUACAGAUAGAAAAGUCAGAAACAGAGGAAAGACUCAACUCUGAAAUUAAUCAUUUAAAGGAAGAAAUCUCCGAACGAGACAGCCACAUAGAAAAUUUGAAUAAAACUCUUAAUUCUUUGAAGUUGGAGAAAGAAGAGCUCAAUGUGCAAGUUGCAGCACUCAAAGCAGAAGUAACAUCUAAAGAUGAUAAGAUCGAUCAAAUGAAUAAGCACUUGCAUCAAUUACAUAUGGAGCAUGUUGAGCUUAUAGCAGGAGCCAAAGCUGCAAGUAAAUUGGUCGAUGAGUUAAGAUCGAAAGCGAAGAAUUUGGAGGAAGAAGUUGAAAGGCAAAGAAUCGAAAUCCUAGAAGGAGCAGAAGAGAAAAGGGAAGCUAUAAGGCAAUUGUGUUUCUCACUUGAUCAUUAUAGAAAUGGGUAUUAUAGGCUUAAGCAAGCUUACGGACACAGGAGAGUACCUGUUUUGGCAGCGUAAGUUAGUGUGUAAUAUCAAUAUUAAUUAAUUGUAUGCUUUAUUUUAUAUUUCUGAUUACUGAGUUUGCCUAGGUUUACUAGUAUUGGUGAGAACAGUAUUUAUUGGAGUUGGAGGAAUAAGCAUUUACCAUGUUUGAGGCCUUGCUAUUUAUUUAUUUAUUUUUCUUUUAUGUACAACCUGUUUGGGUGAGUGCGACGUUUAAGUUGCAUGUGCUUCUAAUGGAAGAUAAAUGAAAGCAAACUUUCCUUCUCUUA